AUGGCGACCUACUCCGUACACUCCUCGAAUUUCUUCGCUGAAAACAACAAGAUCACUGCAGUCAUUGACUGGCAAGGCUCAUGGGCCGGACCACUCUUCCUCCAAGCACAGCCAUCUCCCCUGAUAGAUUAUCAAGGUAGCAUUCUACUUAAGCCCCCGGGUAAUUUCGACGACCUGCAUCCCGAGCGGCAGGCCCAGAUAAAGCGACAGAUCUUUAAGUCGACGCUUUUCCAGCUUUAUUUGAUGGAAACCGAGAAACGCAACCCCUUGCUCGCAAGAGCAUUUCAUCUCGACCAUGGGAAGACAAGGCGCCUUCCCGUUGAACUGGCCAGGAAUCCCUGGGACGAUGAGAUUGUCUUAUUCAGGGAGUCCCUCAUCAAUGUUGAAAGCAUCGUGAAAAGGGAUGGCUGGACCCAUCCGGAGACAUUCGACGCCGCCUUCAAUUUCUUCUCGGAGCUCCGGGAAUUAGGCCUGGAAGGCCUGAGAGGCGAAGAGAGGGAGAGAUUCGACAAGCAGACUAGCUGGGCGAAAAAUCAAAGGUGA